AUGGACGUAUAUGUCCAGAUCACAGGCCUGGACUCGGGGAAAACGCGCAGAGUCAAAGCACUGUUGGAUAGUGGCUGCAGUACCUGCUGCAUCGAUACCGACUACAUGCAGGCAGAGAAGUUGGAUAUCCAACAGCUUCUGCAACCCAUUGUGGCUUGUAACGCCGACAACACCGAGAACAUCAGCAGACAAAUCACGCAUUAUGUUGACCUGAGGAUAAGAAUUGGCCCUCAUGUGGAGACACACACGUUCCUUCUGACAUGUUUAGGGAAAGCUUGGAUCUUCAUUGGUCUUGAUUGGCUAAUGGAACACAACCCCGAGGUGGAUUGGCAGGAGCAGACAAUGAGAUUCAGCCAAUGCCCAGAGCGGUGUCACAUGAGGGGUCACAAGGAGCAUCAAGCAAUGAUCGACAUGGAUGCAAUCGACCUGGACACGGACGCACCAGAUAUGGAAGAGGGAGAAUCAGUCCUGUUGGUCAACUUUGGGAAGGAAGUGGAUCUGCGGCUGAAGGAAAUGCCAGCACAGAAAUUUGCAGAAGAAGCGGAAAAGGAGAAAGAGAGAAUGACCAAGGGGAAGAUUACGGAUCAAUAUCGGGAAUUUGUCAAAGUAUUCGCCAAGGAAUUGUUUGACUUGCUACCGGACCGACGAGCAUGGGACCACGCAAUUGAGCUCAAACCGGGUUCCAAAGCAGUGGACUGCAAGGUGUACCCAUUAUUGCAAAAUGAGCAGGUCAAACUCGACGAGUUCUUACAAGAGAACCUGUCCAGCGGACGGAUCAGGCCAUCAAAAUCACCCAUGGCAUCAGCGUUCUUCUUUGUCAAGAAGAAAGAUGGCUUGCUACGACCUGUCCAAGAUUAUCGGAAGCUGAAUGAGAUGACAAUCCGAAAUCAAUACCUGCUGCCACUGAUCUCCGAACUGGUCCAUAACCUCUGCGGCGCCAAAUUCUUCACAAAGCUAGACAUCUGA